CGCCCUCGCGUUCGGUUCGGAAAAAAAUUAACCAGUUCCGGUUCCGGUUUUGUGAUAACGAUAAAGGACUAAACUUCUGCUCACAGAAAGUCCAUUGAAAAGUGUGAAAAGCAGGACUUGGAUCACAACUUGGAUUACCUACCAACGGGAAAUGUGAUUGUGAAAGUGCUUCCUAAAGGAUUUUUUUCUCUACCAGGAUUUAAAAUUCAGGAUCCCUGCACGGUGAAGUGUGAUGGUACAACAGUGACACCUUACGUCGUCGUCCGAUAUGGAACAUUCAAUAUCAAUCUCAGUGAUGGGUGAUGGCAAAGUCGGUAUUUCAUCCUUCUAUAAAAAUUCCAUUUUCUUAGGUAGUUUUUGUUUCACCAGUGAAAUACAAAGUGCAACAAAAGAUGAGUGGAAAAACUAAAAGACUGAAUGUCAAACGCACAAAAUUCUUCCAUUUUUUAAACUCAUAAGAUUUAGAUUGUCUAAGAAACGUCCAGAAAAAUCCAACAAUGAUUCUGAGCCUACGGAGAUUUUUACUCUGCGUCCUAUUGGAUUUUUCAAACUACGCCCCGGCAGAACCAUCCCGGAUCCCUUCGAUUAGAUCAACAACGGCAAAGAAAAACCAUGAAACCUCGCGAAUAGUGAACAACCUCAGUGAAACUCCUCGCAGCGCGGAUGAGUUCGAAAACUCCGAAGACGACCUCAGUAGUAGCAGCAGCAGCUCCAUAAUUUUGGACAGUGGCCUUUUCCUGGACACUUCUGCCGGUCGCCAUAGAACGGCCAAACGAUCCACUGAUUUGGGUCAGAUUGAGGUUCACGAUGGCGAAUCAGAUAAUGGUGGCUCUACAACCUACUAUAAUGUGGGUGUCCUCAUGGCGUCUCAUUUGGAUUCCCCCUUUGAUCUGGAACGAUGUGGCCCGGCUGUUGAUUUGGCACUGGAAGUUAUUAAUGAUAACCUGUCCAGAGCGCAUAACAUAAAGCUGUUGAAGGUGCAGGCAAGCUACGCAUCCUGUUCCGGGGCAAAAUCCCCGGGUCUUGCGGCUGAUAUGCACUUCAAACACAACGUGAUAGCCUUUAUAGGUCCGGCAUGUGCCUUCGCUCUGGAACCGGUAGCCCGGCUGGCCGAUUAUUGGAACACCCCCAUCAUCACUGGAAUGGGGGAUCAGCCUCCAUCCGAAGGGGAACUCUCGGUGACUUCCGGAAUUCUCGGCCGCCUGAGUAAUAAAUGGAAAAACGAAAGCACGGGAAUCUUCAAGGAUAAAUCCAAGUACCAGACGUUGACACGGAUGUCCUACUGCCAGUGCCGGCUCAAGUUGGUUUUCUCCAGCAUCUUCCGGCAGUUCGGCUGGAAACAUAUUGCCCUGCUGCUGGAUCGGUCGGAUCUUUUUUCCCUUACGGUGGGCAAGAAUCUCGAAUACGGCCUUAAGGAGGAGGACCUGCUGACCUUUGUGCGGGAACUGGAUGGAAACGACGAGGAGGAUUUGGAUAACUAUCUACGUGAUGCCAGCAUGUACGCUCGAGUUGUUAUCCUAUCCGUUCGAGGAAGUCUAGUUCGAAAGUUUAUGCUCUCGGCUCAUCGGCUCGACAUGACGAAGGGCGAGUUUACCUUCCUGGACGUGGAAAUCUUCCAGAGCUCGUACUGGGGCGACCAUUACUGGGAGCUGGGUGACGAGGAUGACCAGGCAGCCCGGAAGGCGUACGAGGCGUUGCUGAGAGUUUCCCUGCUUCAGCCAACUAGCCCAUCCUACCAGGACUUUGCCAAUCAGGUGCGCCAGCGGGCGAAGAAAGACUACAACUAUACCUUCGUGGAGGACGAGGAGGUAAACUUUUUCAUAGGCGCUUUCUACGACGGGGUUAUUCUGCUGGGGAUGGCCCUCAAUGAGACACUGAACGAGGGUGGAGAUAUCCGGGACGGAACGGCUAUCACCCGGAAAAUGUGGAACAGGAGCUUUGGCGGCAUCACUGGCCACGUCCGGAUUGACGACAACGGAGAUCGUGAUGCCGAUUACUCCAUCCUGGAUCUGGAUCCAAUUACCGGGCGCUUCGAAGUGGUGGCACAUUAUUAUGGACGGAACAGGGAGUACAGCCCGGUCAAGGGGAAACGCAUUCACUGGCCCGGCGGACGCGAAGGACCCCCACCGGACAUUCCAAAGUGUGGCUUCCUGAAUAAUGCCCCAUCCUGCGUCCAGCCAAGCGAAAGCAUGGCGAUGUACUGGGUGCUCGGAUUCGGAAUUCUCUCUGCCUUUGCAGCUGCGGUCACCUAUAUUCUGUGCAAGCAAAUGAAACUGAACAACGAGUUGAACAACAUGUCCUGGCGGGUGCGACCGGACGAAGUUCUUCUGGAAGUUGGAAAGUUGUUUGGAAGUAAAACAGGACUGCAAAAGUUAAAUUAUGAGAACUUCUCGCUCCAACAGUUUGGCAGUUCCGGACGAGCUUCCAUUUCCAGUGGAAAUUCUCAACUUCCCAACCAGGUUUUUACCACUAUCGGGAUUUAUAAAGGGGAGCGGGUGGCUAUCAAAAAAGUUGCCAAAAAGAAAGUCUACAUUACCUCAACGUUGCUUUGGGAAAUCAAACAAGCACGAGAUGUGAGUCACGAGAAUACUGUUCGAUUUGUGGGUGCCUGUAUCGAUCUGCCAAGACCGACUAUAUUGAUUUUGACGGAAUACUGCCCUAAAGGAAGUUUGAAGGACGUAUUGGAAAACGAGGCUAUUCAGCUUGAUUGGAACUUUCGGAUGUCCUUGGUGCAUGACGUUGUUAAAGGAAUGGCGUAUCUACAUAACAGCGAUGUGGGAGUUCAUGGCAAGCUGCGGUCUUGCAAUUGUCUUAUCGACGGACGAUUCGUACUGAAGAUUUCGGACUUUGGAUUGCGAACCCUAACCACCCCUUCGGAGUUCAUCAGGGAUCACAACUAUCACAACAAUUUGAUUUUUCCAGAGAUGCUGUGGGUGGCCCCAGAGCUACUUCCGGCAACGGUUCUUCCGGGAACACCGGCAACGCAGAAGGGGGAUGUGUAUUCGUUUGCCAUCAUCCUGGAGGAGAUCGUUGUUCGGGGAGGUCCUUACGAGACGGCUCGCCAGUUUAUGGAUCCGCAGCAGAUUGUAGAACGGGUAGCAGCUCACGAGAGUCCUCCCUUCAGGCCGUUUGUUGGGCAGCGUGAGUGUCCUCCGGAUUUGCUGGACCUGAUGGAAAAGUGUUGGUCUGACAGCCCAGAUGAUCGACCGAACUUUGUUCAAAUAAGAAGCUCGGUCAAGUUUAUAAUGAAGGGUUUUUGCGAGAAUCUCAUGGACGAUUUGCUGCGCCGCAUGGAACAGUACGCGAACAAUUUGGAAAGCUUGGUGGAGGAAAAAACCGAACAGUUGAGCAUGGAAAAACGCAGAACGGAAGAACUACUCUAUCAGGUCCUGCCGAGGCCAGUAGCCCAGCAGCUGUUGGCCGGUGAAAUGGUCCAGCCGGAACAGUUUGAAUGUGUUACCAUUUAUUUUAGCGAUAUCGUGGGCUUCACAGCUCUGUGUGCCCAAAGCCGCCCGAUGGAGGUGGUCGAUUUUCUCAAUGAUUUGUACAGUACUUUUGAUAGAAUCAUUGGCUUUUACGACGUCUACAAGGUCGAAACUAUCGGAGAUGCCUAUAUGGUGGUGUCGGGACUUCCGGAACGGAAUGGUCACGAUCAUGCUCGGGAAAUUGGAUUACUUUCACUGGCCAUUUUGGAUGCUGUUAAAUCGUUCACCAUCAAACACAAACCGGAGCAACAGCUUAAGAUUCGAAUCGGUAUUCAUUCUGGGCCGGUUUGUGCUGGGGUCGUGGGACAAAAAAUGCCACAUUACUGCUUAUUCGGAGAUACUGUCAAUACCGCUUCCAGAAUGGAAUCCACUGGUCAUCCUUUAAAAAUACAUGUUUCCGAGGAAGCCAAGCACAUCCUGGACAAAUUUGGCACCUUCCGGCUGGAACUGCGUGGUCAGGUGGAACUUAAAGGCAAGGGGAUAGUGACGACUUACUGGCUAAUGGAGUGUUCGGAACCGGAUCCUAGACCACCGACUCCGAUGCGGAACUACAACGAGAGUGAUAUUCCAUUUCCUAUUUUGUUCCCAGCAAUUGGUGGGAAGUAAAUGAAAGAUGUUUUCAGUUGUGGCAUUUGAAGGUAUUUUGAAAACUAUUAUAACGCGCUUGGAUUAGAUGUGGCCUCGAAUAAGUAUAAAAUUAAGAAUUUUGAAGUAAUUUGCUUUAUACAUGGCCAGAAAAAUAUAUGAUGAUUUAAUUCAAACAUUUUUAUAGUUCAAAAGAUGCAGAAAAAGAUAAAUAUGUUUGCAAGCGAAGUCGAUAGUUCAGGUAUUAGUUAAUAUCAGAUCUUCUUAUUUUUACGUUUCUAUUUCAAGCUGAAUGUACACACUUAGUAAAAAUCAUAACAUAUGCUUAUAAAAAAUAGUAAAAAUGAUCAAUCAUAAUCGACAGAGACAAUGUCAAUUUAUUUUUAACUUACCACAAAAAAUAGGAAUAUAUUUUUGAAACUAUAUUGAAACGUAUACAAACCAUAUAUUUACGGAAAACUAAAUGUGCUAUAGUAUC